AGGUUGGGCUAACUCAGGGUGGAGAAGGGUUCAGGGGGAACCUAACAGAAGAACUGCCAAGGAGAAAGACAGGAGUGGCCUCCGCCAUGGCGGGAACAAAUGCACUUAUGACACUGGAGAACUUCAUUAAUGGGAAGUUUGUACCUUGUAACUCAUACAUUGAUUCUUAUGAUCCGUCUACGGGAGAAGUGUACUGCCGAGUGCCAAACAGUGGAAAAGAAGAGAUUGAAGCGGCGGUGGAGGCUGCCCGGGCAGCCUUUCCUGGCUGGUCUGCCCGGAGCCCCCAGGAGCGCUCGAAGGUGCUGUACCGGCUGGCCGACCUGUUGGAGCAGUCCCUGGAGGAGCUGGCCCAGGCGGAGUCCAGAGACCAAGGGAAAACCGUCGCGCUGGCGAGAGGCGUGGACAUCCCCCGGGCGGUGCAGAACUUCCGGUUCUUCGCGUCGUCGGUCCUGCACCACACGUCGGCGUGCACGCAGGCGGACCCCGCGGGCUGUGUGCACUACACCGUGCGGGCGCCCGUGGGCAUCGCUGGUCUGAUCAGCCCCUGGAACCUGCCACUCUACUUGCUGACCUGGAAGGUGGCACCAGCCAUCGCCGCUGGCAAUACCGUGAUAGCCAAACCCAGCGAGCUGACUUCGGUGACUGCGUGGAUGAUGUGCAAGCUCCUGGAGAAAGCAGGUGUUCCACCAGGUGUGGUGAAUAUUGUGUUUGGAACGGGGCCCAGGGUAGGCGAGGCCCUGGUGGCCCAUCCAGAGGUACCCCUCAUUUCCUUCACGGGGAGUCAGCCCACAGCUGAGCGGAUCAUACAUCUGAGUGCUCCUCACUGCAAGAAGCUCUCCCUGGAGCUGGGGGGCAAGAACCCUGCCAUCAUCUUUGAUGACGCCAACCUGGAGGAGUGUAUUCCGACGACUGUCAAGUCCAGCUUUGCCAACCAGGGUGAAAUCUGCCUCUGUACCAGCAGAAUCUUUGUUCAGAGGAGCAUCUAUAGGGAAUUUUUGGAGAAGUUUGUAGAAGCUACCAGAAGGUGGAAAGUUGGCAUUCCCUCCGAUCCACUGGCCAGCAUGGGAGCUCUGAUAAGUAAAGCUCAUUUGGAGAAAGUCAGAAGUUACAUCAAGAAAGCCCGUUCGGAAGGGGCCCGAAUUCUGUGUGGUGAGGGGGUGGAUACAUUGAGUCUCCCCGCCAAGAAUCAAGGAGGAUACUUUAUGCUUCCCACAGUGAUAACACACAUUAAGGAUGAAUCUUGCUGCAUGAAGGAAGAGAUAUUUGGUCCAGUGACAUGUGUUGUCCCCUUUGAUAGUGAAGAGGAAGUGAUUCAAAGAGCCAACAGCGUUAAAUAUGGGCUGGCAGCGACAGUGUGGUCAUGCAACGUGGGGCGUGUUCACAGGGUAGCUAAGAAGUUGCAGUCAGGCUUGGUCUGGACCAACUGCUGGCUCAUCAGAGAGCUGAACCUCCCUUUUGGGGGGAUGAAGAGCUCUGGGGUAGGUAGAGAAGGAGGCAAGGACUCUUAUGAAUUUUUCACUGAAGUCAAAACCAUCACCAUUAAACACUGAUCUUGGCCAGUAGAGAAGCUGUUAUGGUCAAUGCUUGGCUGAAGACUCAGUCAUCCAGUGCAGUGAGCAGAUAUACCAGCAUGAAUUCCAGCCACAACUUGGCACAGCAGGUUUUCUCUACCUUCUCCUCAGUAAUUAGUACUUUAAUUUGCUGUCAAAGAGAGGCUAUGUUCACUGUGGAUCAAAGAAGAGAAGACUUCUGGAACAGGGAGGCACAGAAAGGAAGCCAAGUAAUUGUCAGGCUCCUUGUCUGUUGUGUCUUCACUUUUUGUUUUCAUCGUUUUGACUGAAUUCUUGGAAAUUUACAGAUAAUUUUUUUCAUGUUUAAGUAUAUAUACAUAUGCACAUAUACAUAUAUAUGUAAAUGAUGAUAAACAUAACAUGGAAUUUGUCAGAGCAGACAUAUAUGGUAGCUCCCACUAAAUAUAUCUAAACAAGAACAAAGAAAAAUAAAAUAAUGACUACUUUUGGAGGGAAAUUGAAGCAAGAAGAGGAAAUAGUUUGAUCCAUUUCUACUAUGGAGUCUAAUCAAUGCCAAUUCUUCGUGUCUGUAUCUCAUGAGACAACCUAUAAAUCCUAAAAGAAUAAAUGUUAAGUUUAGGGGCUGAAUAUAGCAUAUAUCUUCUUGAAUUAU